UCCGGGGUUCGAAACGCAGUUCGAAACCGAACCAUGGAGAUGACGCUGCCCUUCUUUCGAAAUGGAGGCGGCUCUACCAAGAGCAAGGGGAUCACAACCCGAAAUGCCAUUGCCAAGGCCAUUGACAUUGCAAACGAUAGCAUCAGGAACAUCAACGGCAAGACUACCGAGAACAAGCCCAAGAGCAAGAAUCCUGGUGACUGCGAUUUUGACGAAGACGGUGAUGACGAUGCCAACUCCACCKCCACACCUCUUCUUCUUCCUCCCCUUAAGCGAUCCCGAAGCGAUUCUCCUACAGGAGUAAUGGACGUUCACUUCUUCCAGGAAGAUAAGAAUAGCAACAAGCUCGACGACGACGACGACGACGACGACGAUGGCUUUGGGCUACUUCCCUUCUCGACCCUCACCUUUCCAGACGAUGAUAGCGAGGCUACUUCUUGCCACUCGGAUGCUUUCAACGCCGAGAACCAUUACACCGAUGCCGGUAUGGCCCAUCCCUUUCUCGAGGAGAUCAACAAGGCAGCAAGUUCGAGCAGCAGCAUCGAGCCCCUCCCCCUCUUGGCCUCRGUAUCCCGCGAGCUCUCCGAUCUUCUGCACCAAUACCUCCCCAAGACUAAGCUCGAGCUCUACGAGGGUCCCAUGGAAUUCGAGGACGAGAUCGAGGACGGCCUUGCUUCUGGAAUGCAAAUUCAGAACACGACAAUGGCCACGAAAGCGUUGCCAAACAUCGAUGCGAACAAGAACACCAACUCGUACUCCAAGCAGCAGCAGCAGCAGCAGCAGCUCCUCCAGUGCUUCAACAGCAACAGCAACAGCAUCCACAUGAACAUGAACAUGAACAUGAAUGCCUGGAAAAGAAACCUCCUUCCUGAUUUUAAGCUAGCAACAGAUGCAAUGAUCAAAGAUACCUCUAUGACCUUUGGGGGAAGCAAUCUAACUCUCUUUCMGUUCCUUAUGGGGAACAMCAAUUUCAACUUGAGAUACAAACCAUCGUCUUCCAAGGCAACAGCUGUCGCCRCAUCGUCCUCCAAGUUCCAAGGCGUACUCAACAAGCCGAGCAAAAAGGCAAAGAAACAAGCAGUCAAAUCAGCUGCUUCCAACUCAUCGAAAGAKAGGAACAACAAGAACAAGAGCAGCUAUGCUAUUGACAAGAUCACCRAGAGAGGMACCAACAAGAAGCACAACAACGGCAGCAACAUCUCCGUAUACGCCGCCCGUCCCUCCAAGAAGCAGCGCCUCCAGUCGGCCGCCACCACCCUCCUGCUCGAUAAAGUCCAGCUCCGUGACGACGUCCAGAAACUCACCGUCGAAAACGWCGUCGACGAACAGACCCGGAUUAUCGAGCACACCUGGGAUCACAACUACAACAGGCUCGUCAAGUUCUACGAGGCCAACGGCCAUUCGAACGUACUCCGRAGCGACCCCGACAAGCAGCUCAGUGGGUGGGUCAAGCGCCAGCGAAACAACCUCAAGGACCAAAAGCUKAGUGCCUCGCAGAUCCAGAAACUCGACGACCUCAAGUUCGUCUGGAACCGCCUCGAGGGAGCCUGGUACGACAAGUAUGACAUGUUGGUGGCAUUUGAGUCCAGRCACGGGAACUGCGAGAUUCCCACCAAGUACGACCGGUCCCUCGCGGAGUGGACCCAGCGCCAGCGGCGGGAAUAUCGCAACAAAGCGCCCACCAUGUCRCUCCAGAGGAUUUCCAAGCUCAACGAGAUCCGCUCGUGGAACUGGGAUUCUAAGGUUUGGAAGAACCGCGGCAAGAARAAGAAGCAAUCUCUAGCCCACAACAGACAGGUUCACCGUUCGAUUCAGGAGCUGUUCCACCAGCUCGGUAGUUCUAUUGGCAGUGCCGGUGUGGCAAAGAAUGAUCGUCCUGCCGCCCAUGCHGCGGGAAAGAGUUCGAACCAUGCUGUCGCAACUGCAGCCUUUCUUCCAAACGACGUUUGUUCCUUUUCGCUUAUUUAACGGCCAGGGAAAAAGAAAGGGGAGAAACAGCACGCAUUGGCAACAGCACUACGCAAUGUGUGCAUUUUUGAUUUGGGGUGGAGUGGGGUGGGGUGGGGUGGGAGAGGAAAGCUCGGGAUACUUUCGUUGCU